AUGUUUAAAUUUUCUUGUUUUCAUGUUAAUGUCCAAGGCAACAAGGCAAAGAAAAUAAUUCAACCUCCUACUGAAACAAUGCCAAGAGUUUUGCAAGAUAGUUCCAAAAUUCCAGUCAGGAAAGAUCCGUCUAUCGCUACGAACAUAGGUUCAUCACUUUCAAAACAGCAAUCGAGUAAGCUAAUGUAUGUCUCUGAGAAUGAUAUUCUUGACCAGGAUUCAGUUGAGCUCGCUGCUAAGUUAGAGGAUCUCAAUAAGAAGUUUUACGUUGAAUUUGACGGAAAAGUUCACCAAACUGGGCGUCUUAGGAAAAGUCAGUCGGAAAGUGUGCUUUGCCAAGUCGUGACUGAGGGUGGACGAAAUCUGGAGUUUUCCAAAAGCCUCAAUAACUCACCAAAUUCAAGUAGCAGCCCAAAUGAUCAAUGCAAAAUGAAUUCAAACUUUGAGUUUCAAGCUGUUCCUGGCCGUGACAAUGAUGGCUCAGUUUUUUCAAUAGGAGAUCCGACACAUUCAGAUAAGGAUGCUCAUGAAAUUUCUGAUACUCCAUUAUCUGGCGAUCUUGCUGGCUACUCCACUGAACAUACUUCUGGUCCCAGCACACCAACUUUAAGGAAGUCGCGUUCCUUACCCGAUUUCAAAGCUCCUACGUUGUCUUUUAAAUAUGCAUCAUCAAUGUCAAGAUCUUCCGACGAUCUUUGUGCUUUAGGCCUGAGGAAGAAAGACGUGUUUAUCAACGUGUCUUAUGAUCAAACAAGGGAAACACAAGAAAAAGAAAGUAGCAUGGAAAAAACUGAAGAUUUUCGUAUGGACAGAUACUUUGAAGAUGGUUAUAAUUCUCAUCUGCUUUCUUGCUUACCAAAGGACCGGAUAAUGCCAAUUACAGACGAUAUAAGUGACGCUGAACCCCUUCAAGGAGAUUCCUCGAGUGAAUAUCCUAACAAGGAUUUUAAAGUUAAGCGAAUUGAGGAUUGGGUAAAUGGUCUGCAGCAAUGUGCACCACCUCUAGAGGAUAUAACUGAAUUGCCUGAACCUGUUGAUCCUGUAGUUGAUGUUAACACCGCAAUUGCUGUGACUCCUUCUGUUGUGGACCAUAAGAUCUCUCCAGGAAUGGAAGCUGCUAAAAGAUAUAUUUCGUCUUUAACUGCCAAUGCCUCUGCAGCUCAGCUGGCAAAUCAUGGGUUGGUUGUAAUCCCCUUUUUGAGUGCAUUUGUGAGUUUGAAGGUGCUCAAUUUGUCUGGAAAUGGGAUCGUGAAGAUAACUGCCGGUGCCCUUCCUCGAGGACUUCACACGUUGAACUUGUCAAAAAACAAUAUCUCCACUAUAGAGGGAUUACGUGAACUUACUCGGCUUCGGGUCCUAGACCUCAGCUACAAUCGUAUACUAAGAAUUGGACAUGGUCUUGCAUCCUGUUCUUCCCUAAAGGAGUUGUACCUGGCUGGAAACAAGAUUGGUGAAGUCGAGGGUUUGCACCGCCUAUUGAAAAUAAGUAUCUUGGAUCUCCGCUUUAACAAGAUUUCGACCGCCAAAUGUCUUGGACAACUUGCAGCCAACUAUAAUUCUUUGCUAGCUAUCAACUUGGAAGGGAACCCUUGCCAGAAAAACGUCGGAGAUGAACAGAUUAAGAAAUACCUGCAAGGCCUUCUUCCUCAUCUCGUCUACUACAAUCGGCAGCCGUUCAAAGCAAACGGUUUGAAGGACAGUGCAGAUCGUGCAGUUCGACUAGGAAUGAGCUCACAACAGUUUGAUCGCGGUCUUAGAGUGGAUCGCAAAACUACAAGGAAGGUGCCAACGUCUGCUCGGAGGCCGUCAUCCGGGUCCUCACCAAAAUAUUCCAAAGGAAAGCAAGGCCACCUCCCACCAAUCGGAACAAAAGCAUCACCCCAAAGUCGCCAUCAUUUGGAUUCUUUUGACAAAGUGUUGAGCUUGAACUCAUGGAACUUCAUGCGCAAGAGUCGCAGCGAGGGAACUCUUGGAGCUUUCUAA